UGACCUUUUGCCACGCCCCAAUUGUCACGGUUAUAGGCGGAACCGUGACAAAAGGUCAAUUAUCACGGUUUUAAAAGGAACCGUGACAAAAGGAAAUAAUAUUUUAUUAUUAUUGUUUUGGAACCGUGACAACAGAAGUUCAAUAUCUGGCUCUUAUUUUUCCCUCCCCUCCAAUUUUUCCUGAAAAACCCUACCAGUACUGCACCCUAACCUCUUCUCGCGCGCUCUCAAUCGGUCUCUCUCCAAUAUCUGCCUUCUCAAUCGGUCUCUCUUUCCUGCUCCCUCUCAAUCGCCGGUCGCCGUUCUCCGUCACGCCGUUCGCCGUUCGCGCCGUUCUCGGUUCACGCCGUUCUCUGUCACGCGCACUUCUCUCUCUCGAGCACCAUUGCAAAGCCCAGGUACCUUUCUCUCUAAUAUUCAUCUCUACUACUCCCUAAUUAGUGCUUGCUGCUGUAAUAUUCAUCUCUGCUUCCCCCGUAAACCAACUCAAAUAGUUCAUCUGUAGCUAAGUUUCACUUAGGGUUUUUCUUGGUCCUGCAUUACCUCUAGUUAUUUGGGGCUUCUUUUAAACUGUCCCUCAUGUGGCCAAAAAUCUGGGACUGUUUGAAAUCUGUGUGAUCUGUUGUUGUUGUUGUUCUCCUACUGCUAGUUGCAGACUAUUGUGUGAUUGAGAAAGUUUUUUGCUGCUGUGCCCUGCUCAAAUUGGUACGGGUUUGGAAGUGAUUUGGCCAGACAAUGUGACCAUAUUGCUAUGAGAUUGUGCUUUUCAUCAAACAGAAUUUUUACCUAGUUUGUCUCCUUCUGUUUCUUUCUUUUAUCUUUGUACAGAUGUUGGUGUAUUGGUCCUGGGAGUACACCUAGUACUCUCACAUUAAUAUAUAUCUUAUUUUGGUGAGAAUCAUUUGAAUUGUGCCCUUUUAAGACUGAAAGAUAAAAUUGAUUGUUCCAACUGCAAAAUCACAGAAAAGAAAUUGGGUUAGAGAUCAAGGGGGAAGAAAUUGGGUUAGAGAUCAAUUGUAAUAUCUAAAAUCAUUCCAAGUUAUUUCAAAUCCUGGGCUUAUUUAGUUAGUGUUUAAAAUUUGGGAGUUGUAUAUCUAGGAUCUUUAUUUCAAGGUACGGGUUUCAAUUCCAAGUCAUUCUAAGUUAUUCCAAGGUACGAGUUUCAAUUCCAAGUCAUUCCAAGUUAUUUCAAUUCCAAGUCAUUCCAAGUUAUUUCAAUUCCAAGUCAUUCCAAGUUAUUUCAAAUCUUUAUUUCAAUCAGGGAGUUGUAUAUCUAGGAUCUAUAUAGUAUUGAAUUGGGAGGAUUAAAAAUAGUUGCUUGUAACUCCUAAGUCUCAACUCCUUUAUUCCGAGAUUGGAAUUGCAACUAAGGUUGCUAUUUGAAGCUUUAUAUUUGAGCACCUGAAUGGACAAAAACUGUUCCAGUUUUCAUCAUAUAUUAUAUAUCUCAGUUUUGUAGAAAGGGGCAGAUUCACUGAGAAAUCAAUGAUGCAUGUGGUUCUAGUCUUUUGGUUUGUGGAGAUGAACUUGAGAGAUAGUUAAAGAGUGAGAGAGGCAGAGAGUGAGUGAGAAGCAUGCAUCCCUUCUUUGAUUUGUGUUUUUAUUUAAUUAGAAUUUCCGCUAAUAUGAGUUUGUUAGUAAUGAACAACCCAUGUUCUUAGUUUCUUUCCCCAAUUUAGUUUUUCUAUUUAGGAUCUCAGGAAUCAGUUCAGUUCGCAUGCUUUCUCUUUUGAUUUUUGUUCUCUAGCAUCUUAUUGUGACCUAAUUUGAUUUCGUUCUUGAUGCUUCCAUUUAGCAUGAUAAUUGAUAAGUAUUUAACUUGGUUUUUAGACAUUUAGUUCACAUGAUUUAAAGGACUUAAUGCAGAAAAAGACUAAUAAACAUGGCUACAUGAUUUUAACUGCCCCUAAUACUCUAGUUAAAGAGUGGGAUUUGUAUCAGUUUCCAUGUUCGCGAAUCCAGUAUACCUGAACACAGCUAGGUGUUAAACUAACAGAAAGGAUUAAUUCACAGAGACCGAUUUUCCAUAGAUAACCAUAAUGGGCUGCUGUUUCUGUUGAGAUAUCUUUGCUAUUGCAGUUUGGGCUGCUGUAGGAAGUGAUUUAAGCCUUUUUUGCUGGGGAAAUUGGCUGUUGUUUUGUGUUUUGCUGAGGUCUUGUGGGCUGGUUUUGGUGCUGAGAAUUUAGUUAUGUUGUUACUGUUAUCAUGAGAAAUUAAUUUCCUGGCGCUGUGCUGUUUUGGCUGCUGUUUCAUGAUAUUUUAUUCAUGUAUUUGGGGUUAUAUUGGCCUGCUGGAUUAGGCAAUCUGGUUGGUUUUUUCUGUACAUUUUUCCAGCACAAUCUGGUUGGUUUUUUCUGUACAUUUUGCUAGUACAAUCUGGUUGGGUUCUCUUUAAUUAUUGCUUUUGGCUCUGUUUGAAUAGAUUUAUUCGAAGUUGAAGAUCGAAGAGCCAAGCUGAUUGCCACUGACUUAGAGGACCAGUCUGAUUCUAAAUAUCCAGGUAUGGACCGUAAAUGGAUGUUUGCUAAUCGCUUAUCCGAUGAAUAUGCUGCUGGGGUGAAAGAGUUUGUUAAAUUUGCGGUUCAAAAUGCAAAGAACCCAAAUAGUUUGCUAUGCCCUUGUUUAGUUUGUUGGCAUGGUAUUCGAGUUAAUCCAUCUGAAUUAGAAGAUCAUCUAAUUUGCAAGGGAAUUGAUAAAAACUAUAUAUGUUGGUCAAAUCAUGGCGAGUCCAGAUUUGAUUCUGGUGAUGCUGCAGAUAGUGUGAGAUCUGCCUCAUUUGGAGCAGAGGAAGAUGCAUGUGAUGGUGACCGUGUUGAGGAAAUGGCGAAGGCGGUUGAAGAUGAUCUUCGUGAUUGUCCUCAAAUGUUUGAGAGGCUGAAAAAUGAUGCGGGGACACCUCUUUAUAAUGGAUGCUCUAAAUUCACAAGACUAUCUGCGGUCUUAAAGCUGUACAACUUGAAAGCUGCCAAUGGAUGGACUGAUACGAGCUUCACCAACCUACUAACACUCUUAAAAGAUAUGCUUCCAGAGGGAAACGUUCUUCCCGGUCGACUAUAUGAGGCUAAACAAAUGUUGUGCUCUAUUGGAAUGAGUUAUGAGAGGAUUCACGCAUGUCCUAAUGACUGCAUAUUAUUUCGAAAUGAAUAUGAAUCUCUUAAGUCAUGUCCCAAAUGUAAAGCUCCACGAUAUAAGAAGGAAAAUUCAUGUCCUUUAAAAGUGUUAUGGUAUUUCCCCAUAAUACCCAGAUUUAGGCGCAUGUACCGCAGUGCAGAAGUUGCAAAACAGUUGACUUGGCAUAAAUAUAGAGGAGAAGGAGAUGGAAUGCUUCGACACCCGGCAGAUUCUCCCCAAUGGAGCAAAAUUGAUUCUGACUAUUCUGAAUUUGGCAAAGAGGAAAGAAACCUACGCCUUGCAUUGUCUACUGAUGGAAUAAAUCCACAUAGCCUCCAAAGUAGCACCCACAGUACGUGGCCGGUGAUACUAGUGAUCUAUAACCUACCUCCUUGGCUUUGUAUGAAGCGCAAGUACAUGAUGUUAUCAAUGUUAAUUUCUGGGCCUCAACAACCAGGAAAUGAUAUAGACAUAUACUUGUCUCCUUUAAUUGAAGAUCUGAAGAAAUUAUGGGAGGUAGGGGUGGAGGUGUAUGAUGGGUCAAGGGAAGAAACUUUUAGGUUGAGGGCAAUGUUGUUUGGUACGAUCAAUGAUUUCCCGGCAUAUGGCAACUUGUCGGGAUAUAGUGUAAAAGGAAAACUUGCAUGCCCUAUAUGUGAAGAUGAUACAAUUUCAAUGCGAUUAGAUCAUUGUAAAAAGAAUGUUUUCCUCGGACAUCGUAGAUUCUUGCGAACAACACAUCGUUAUCGGGGGUGGACAAAAGCUUUCAAUGGUAAUAAAGAAGAAGGUAGAGCUAGAAAGCCAUUGAAGGGUAGUGAUCUGAUUGCCAAGGUGAAGAACGUGAAGUGUAAAUUUGGCAAGACAUUCAAAAAACAACUUCCUAAAUGUGGUUGGAAGAAAAAGUCAAUUUUCUUUGAGUUGCCAUAUUGGGAGUCACUUCAUGUGAGACAUUUUCUUGAUGUGAUGCAUAUUGAGAAGAAUGUUUUUGAAAGUGUUAUAGGUACUUUACUAAAUGUGCCGGGCAAGACUAAAGAUAGCAUCAAUGCAAGACUUGAUUUGGUUAGCAUGGGCAUAAGAAAAGAAUUAAGACCGGUGAAGAAGGGGAAACGUACGUAUCUACCUCCAGCAGCCUAUACGCUAAGCAGGAAAGAGAAAAUUGCUUUGUGUAAAUUUCUUAGUGGGGUAAAAGUUCCACACGGCUACUCUUCAAAUAUUAAGAACCUUGUAUCAAUGAAAGACCUUAAGUUAAAGGGAUUGAAGACUCAUGAUUGUCAUGUUCUUAUGGAGAACUUGUUACCUGUGGCUUUACGCUCCAUUUUGCCAGAAAAAGUGCGAGAUGCCAUUACAAGAUUGUGUCUCUUCUUCAAGGCAAUUUGCAGCAAAGUGAUUGACCCUUCUAAGUUGUCAGCAUUGCAAAGACAAAUUUCUACAACUUUGUGUGAUCUUGAGAUGUACUUCCCACCUUCAUUUUUUGACAUAAUGGUUCAUCUAACCAUUCACUUGGUGAGAGAGAUACAAAUGUGCGGGCCAACUUAUAUGAGAUGGAUGUACCCUUUUGAGCGUUACAUGAAGGUUUUAAAAGGUUAUGUAAAAAACCGAAGCAGACCUGAGGGGUGUAUGGUUGAACGGUAUGUAGUCGAAGAAGCUAUUGAAUUUUGUACCGAAUACCUAUCCAAUGUUGAAUCUAUAGGGCUUCCGAAGUCUCAUCACACACGAAGUAUAGAAGGGGAAGGGCUCUUUAAAAGCGAGAUAAUAACAAUACAAGGUAAAGAAUGGCAACAAGCACACUUAUAUGUUUUGCACAAUGCAGCUGAAGUUGGGCCAUAUGUUGACAAGCACAAGGAAGUGAUUAAGGGGUUGAAUCUCAAUAGGUCUGAUAAUUGGUUAGCAAAGGAGCACAAUCGGACUUUUAUAAAAUGGCUAAAGGAUCACGUUUAUAAGGAGUGGGAAGAAGAUCCUACCUCGGUUUCAGAGAGGUUGAAAUGGUUGUCGAGGGGUCCAAGUAUGCAUGUCUUUAAUUACAACGGCUAUGUAAUUAAUGAUUAUACAUUUUACACAGAAGCCCAAGAUGAUCGGAGUACAAUGCAAAAUAGUGGGGUGACUCUUGUUGCUAGAUCUAUGCAUGUCUCUAGCGCCAAAGAUAGGAACCCCAUAUAUGCAGACAUGUCAUACUUUGGGGUGAUUCAACACAUAUGGGAGCUAGACUACACAACAUUUCAGGUUCCUGUGUUUGGUUGUAAGUGGGUUGACAAUAAUUCUGGUGUACAAAUUGAUGACUCAGGGUUCAUUCAGGUUGAUCUUAAUAGGGUGGGGUUCAAAGAUGAUCCUUUUAUUUUGGCCUCUCAAGCAGAGCAAAUAUUCUAUGUCCCUGAUCCUGCUAACAAUAAAAGGUCCAUUGUUUUAUUAUCAAAUAAAAUAAAUGUCAACAACGAGGAUGGACAAUAUGUUCAGGAAGAUAAUGCUAUUGAAGAUGACCCUUUCUUCGGGAUAUCAAAACCAAUUGACACCGAUUCAGAUGAAGAUGAUAGUUAUUAUGUUAGAGAUGAUCAUGAUGAGGGAAUUUGGAUGAAUAUAGCCUUUCAUAAUAAAAUUGAAACCACACGUAUGCGCAUAUUGAAGAAAAGGAAAAGAACUACUAAAACAAGUUAA